AUGAAGCUGUACGUCUGCGUUGUCAUCGCCCUGCUGGCCAUUGUGGCUCCAUCGAAUGCCCUUUUGGGGGCCAAGUUGGCCCUGCUCAAGGCCAUUACCGGUGGCAGCGGCUUUGGUGGCAGCUCAUCCGGCGGCGGUGGUGGCUACGGAGGCGGUGGCUAUGGCAGCGGCGGUUACUCCGGUGGCUAUAACCAGGGAUACUACAGCCAGCCCAGCCGUCCCGUGUAUAGCUCCGGCUAUGGCAGCUCCUCAGCCUCGUCUGCAUCCUCUGCCUCGUCCUAUGGCGGUGGCUAUGGAGGUGGCUAUGGCGGUGGUUAUGGAGGUGGUUAUGGUGGUGGCGAGCAGGUGGUGAAGAUCAUCAAGGUGGUGGAGCAGCCCUCGUACAACUACGGACGCUCAUCGGGCGGCUAUGGUGGCAACUAUGGUGGCAGCUAUGGAGGUGGUUACUCCUCCUCGAGUGCCAGUGCCUCCAGCUACUCGGCCCCAGCUCCUGCUCCCGCUGUGACCUACUCUGCUCCCGCUCCCGCUGUGACCUAUAGUGCUCCUGCUCCUGCUGUGACCUACUCCGCUCCAGCUCCUGCUCCCGCUGUGACCUACUCUGCUCCUGCUCCCGCUCCCGCUGUGACUUAUAGCGCUCCUGCUCCCGCUGUCACCUACACUGCACCUGCUCCUGCUCCUGCUCCGAUUACCUACUCCCUGCCAGCUCCUCAGCCUCAGGUGGUGCGUGUCCAGGCUGCUCCCGCUGUGACCUACACUGCUCCUGCUCCAGUGCCCGCACCUGUGGUCCGUUAUGCUGCUCCUGCUCCCGUGGUCCGUUAUGCUGCUCCUGCCCCCGUGGCACCUGCUCCUAUCUCGUACGCUCCCGUGGCUCCUGCUCCCAUCUCCUAUGCCCCACAGCCACAGAGCCAGCAGGUGGUGAAGACCAUCAAGCUGAUCGUUGAUGAGGAUGUGGCCAGUCAUGCUCCGGCGCCGGUUUAUGGACCUCCAGCUGUGGGUUCCAGCUACUCCAGUGCCGCUGCCUCUUCCUCAGCCUCAGCCUCCAGCGGUGGCUAUGAUGGUGGCUACAAUACCGGAUACAAUGGCGGCUACAAUGGCGGCUACAAUGGCGGCUACAAUGGCGGCUACAAUGGCGGCUCCAAUGGUGGCUUUUCCGGUGGCUUCAAUGGCGGCUGGAAGCGUGGCGGCAUCUUCGAGAAGCUGGUGGGAUGCUAG